AUGGGGGACCCCUUGUUUGGCCUGCGCAACUCCUUCCACAUAGGCGCCUUCCAGACCGCAAUCAGCGAGGCCAGCCAGCUCACGGGGCUGAGCGAGGCGGAGAAGAUCGAGCGGGACGUGUUUGUGUAUCGCUCCUACAUCGAGCUGGGCAGCUAUGAGCUCGUCAUGUCGGAGAUCUCGGGGGCCUCGCCCAUGUCGCUGCAAGCGGUCAAGGCCCUGGCUCUCUACAUGAAGGACCAGCGGGAGGCGGCGCUGGAGGCGGCGGCGAGCUGGCUGACCGACCCCGCAGCGGCCAGCAACUCUACUGUGCUGCUGGUGGCGGGCAUGCUGUAUGCGCUGGAGGAGAACUACGUGGAGGCGCUCAAGGCGUGCCACACCGGCGGCAGCCUGGAGAUGAUGGCGCUGUGUGUGCAGGUGUACCUCAAGAUGGACCGAGUGGACCAGGCGGAGAAGCAGGUCAAGGCGAUGUCAGCGGUGGACGACGACGCAACGCUGUCGCAGCUGGCGGCGGCGUGGGUGGGGCUGCACCAGGGCGGGGCCAAGGUGCAGGAGGCCUUCUACAUCUUCCAGGAGCUGGGCGACAAGUUCAGCUGGACGGUGCGGCUGCACAACGGGCUGGCCGCCUGCCAGAUGCGCAUGGGGCGGUGGGAGGAUGCCGAGUCGGAGCUGCUGCAGGCGUUUGAGAAGAAUCCCAAGGACGGCGACACACUGGCCAACCUGGUGGCCGUCUCCCUGCACCUGGGCAAGUCGGCGGCGCGCUACAUGAGCCAGCUGAAGCUGGUGGCGCCCAGCCACGCCAUCGUGCAGCGCACCGAGGAGGGGGAGGCUGCCUUCGACCGCGCUGCCUCUGCCAUCACCGCGUGA